AUGGAAGAUAAUGAAAAAGGUAUGACUCAUUACUACUGUAGUUUUUCCUCAUUUACUUUCAGAACCAUCUGGUAUUCCACGUCUUCCAUCAGAUUUGCCAGAAAAAGAAAAAACAACAAGCAAACGAAAAUCAUAUUUGAAUUUGAUACCAAAUUUGAAUGCGAUAAAUCCAUUUUCAAAAGAAAAUGAAUUCAAAAAAACAAUCAAAAAGAAGUUUUAUUCAAGAAGAGGAAGUGUGCCAUAUUAA